AUGGGUGUCAUGAAACUAGCAGGGUACUCGAUAGCCGAGUUUAGCCGCAUUGUAUUUAACAAACAGAAUAAAUGCAAUAGUGAUAGACGUCUGGAGGGGAAGGUAGUGGUGAUUACCGGUGCCAACGCCGGCAUCGGUAAGGAGACCGCAUAUCAACUGGCAUUACGCGGCGCUAAAGUGUUUAUGAGUUGCCGGAGUAUAGAGAAGGGCGAGGAGGCGGUCAGCGAUGUGAAGCUACAGGCGGAGAGCGCCGACAUAAGCCUACUUCGGCUGGAUUUGGCGUCAAUGAAGUCCGUGCGACAGUUCGCACAGACAGUGGCCCAACAGACACACAGAAUCGAUAUACUGGUCAACAAUGCAGGGGUUAUGGCCUGUCCGGAGUGGAAGACCACCGACGGCUUUGAGAUGCAGUUCGGCACCAAUCACCUCGGUCAUUUCCUGUUGACAAUGCAUUUGUUACCACUGCUGAAGAAGUCACCGAAUGCUAGGAUAAUAACGGUGUCAUCGAGUGGUCAUCUGAUGGGGAAAAUGAAUUUCGAUAACAUUAAUCUCAAUAACGGCGCCUACAGUCCAUUCAAAGCCUACGCUCAGAGCAAACUGGCGAACAUACUGUUCACUCGGGAAUUGGCCAAACGGUUGGGCACUAAGAGCAAUGUCCGCACCUAUAGCCUACAUCCCGGGCCUGUGUAUACGGAGCUACAGAGACACUCCGGGUUGGGGUCUAUGGGACACAAAAUGGCGAAGAAGUUCUUUCUGACGCCAGAAAUGGGCGCUCAGACCACCCUUUACUGUGCACUGGAGGACAGUCUGGAUAAGGAAACGGGAUGUUAUUAUGCGAAUUGUCACAGAGUUGAUAACAUGAUAUCUUCGGCAACCGAUGAUAAAAGUGCUGAAAGACUGUGGGAUUUGAUGGACAGUGAUCGCCGACUCGACGGACAGGUGGUUAUCAUCACCGGCGCUAAUACUGGCAUCGGAAAAGUGACGGCACAGGAGUUGGCAUCCCGGGGCGCCAAGAUAAUCAUCGCGUGUCGGAGUGUAGAUAAGGGACAGUUGGCUGUCGAUGAGAUUAAAGGCGUGACCCCGGAGGCAGAGGUGUCUGUCAUGAAACUGGACUUGUCUUCACUGAAAUCCGUGCGCCAGUUCGCCAGUGAUGUGAGGGAAAGGGAGACCGUUGUAGAUAUGCUCAUCAAUAACGCCGGAGUUAUGAUGACUCCCGAGUGGAAGACUGAGGACGGCUUUGAGAUGCAGUUCGGGACCAAUCAUCUGGGUCACUUUCUACUGACACUGCAUUUGUUACCAUUGCUGAAGAGGUCAGCCAACGCCCGGGUGAUAACGGUGUCAUCGAGUGGUCACUUAGUGGGCAAAAUAAACUUCGAUAACAUAAACCUCCUGAACGGGGUGUACGCGCCCACCAAAGCCUACGCUCAGAGCAAACUCGCAAAUGUGUUGUUCAGCCGCGAGUUGGCCCGACGUUUAGGCGGCGCCGAUAGCAACGUCAAGACCUAUUGCCUACAUCCCGGGCCCGUCAACACCGAACUCCAGCGGCACGUGUAUAACGCCGAGGGGUCGACCUCGUCGGCCGGUAAGGCUAUCAUGAAGUGCGUGGGACUCACACCGGAAAUGGGCGCUCAGACCACCCUCUACUGCGCCCUUGAGCCCAGUCUCGACACUGAGUCCGGUGCCUAUUAUGCUAAUUGUCGCAAAAUAAAUAAAAUGAUUUCUACGGCAACCGAUGAUAAGGUGGCGGAAAGGCUCUGGGAGUAUAGCUGCGUGUUAGUGGACUUGGAGGCCGAGUAUCGCAUCUAA